AAUACCUUUGUAGUGCUUGCUUAAGUUAAGCUAGAAGCUAACAAGUGCUUAAAUUAAGUUUUUGUAAAGAUCCCCUUACUAUAUUUGAUAAUUGAUAUUCAAUUUUUUUUCAAACGACAGUCCCAAAUGCUCGCACCGAAAAAAGAUCUAUAAAAUUUCUUGAAAUUUGUUGCCUGAGAAGAGAUUAAGGCAAAACAAGAAAUGGCAGGGCACCCUCGUCUCAUCCUCCGGGGUUUCCUCUCACCAGAAACCUGCAAGGUUCCUCUUCCUUGUCUUCUUCUACUGAAUUGGAGUUCAUACACAAAAGCUGUUGCACGGUUGGGUACAGACCCAAUGUCUUCUCCACCACUCUUCCUCAUCUUAUUGCCACCAACUCUGCCCAUCUUAUCAUGCCUCUCGUCCCCAUUAGAGAGAGGUUGAAGGAGAAAGUAGAGGAUCAUUUUGGAUGUGAAUACGAGUUGUUUGUAGAAUUCACUGGACUCAUGAGCUGGUGCAAGGGAGCUAGCAUUGGAUGGCACAGUGAUGAUAACAGAGAUUAUCUCAAGCAAAGGGACUUUGCGGCAGUUUGCUAUUUGAACAGUUACGGGAUGGAUUUUGAUGGAGGUCUGUUUCACUUCCAGGAUGGCGAACCCUCGACUGUUGCACCCCUAGCUGGUGAUGUCAUAAUAUACACCGCUGACAACAGAAAUAUUCAUUCUGUCAGUGAGGUGAGUGAAGGAGAAAGAAUUACCCUUACAUUGUGGUUCAGUCGUGAUGCUUCUCAUGAUGAGGAUGCUAAACUUCUAGCAUCUCUCUCUGACUGUUCUCUAACCAGUCCUACACACUCGAUUGCUUCCUGUUUGCCUGUGCUAGCAUCAAACAAUAUGUACUGGUUUCCGCCUGAAGAAGCCUCAAGAUUCCAGUCAGGAUUUGAUAUAUGCUCUGCAAGAUUACAUGUUCUUGGAUUUGACAUUUCUACCACUGAUGAAGAAUGUUUAUCAGCAUCAGAUUCAGCUUGCAACUUCUUGACAUUAUUGAAGGAAUCACUAUAUUUGGCAUGUGGGGGUGAGUUACUCACAUGUCAAUUUCUCAACAUUCUGCAUGUGCUUCAGGUGGUGCAGUUUUACCAUUGGAAGGGAUUGCAGUUGGAACCAGCUGAACUAAAAGAGCCAUCGAUCAACAUAAUACCUCUAUCUGAGUCGCGGCGAAAUAAAAUUAGGUGCCUGAAAGCUUUGCUUCUGAAGGAUGUUCAACUUGCUGAGACACUACUUGGACAAACCACUGGCAAGAGCUCACAAAGGUCAUUUGACAGGCGUGCAUUUUGUGCUGUAGUUUCUGAGUGGGAAGCUUAUACAUUCAGGUUGCUAAAGGAAAUGGUCAUGAGCUUACCCUGUUGGAGAGCACAUCAAUCACUCUUCACCGCAGUCAAUCUCGACUAAAAAUCUGUUUGAGGUUUCACUGUUCCUGACUGGUUUUGUGUUUGGCAAUACUAUCAUCUUUCUUCCAACUCAUGUCGAAAAAUAAGUUGAAUAGAAUUAUUUUGAAUA